GUCGCUGUGAACUUGAAUCCCUCUCCGCCGACUCCAUCCCUACUCUCAUCAGCUCAGAUCUGAUCUUUGCUGACUCACUCGAAAGGGAAAGGGAAAGGGUAUGAUUUCCUUCCCUUCCAUACACAGCGCAACCGCCCCCGCCCCCGCCCCCGCCGCCCUCUUCCCCCGCCGCAAUUCCCUACAUUUGUCGUCGUUCUACCGUCCUCCUCCGCCCUCCACUCGUCGGCACGACCGUCUACUGGUCCGGUCAAUCGACGCCGCUCAACCGUACGAUCACGAGUCGCGCCUUUUGGACCGCCUCGACCAGUCAUCGAAACUCAAAAUCGCCAUUAUAGGGUUCGGAAACUACGGCCAAUUCCUAGCGAAGGCGUUCGUCCGCCAUGGCCACACGGUCUACGCCCACUCGCGCCGCGAUUAUCGCACAGUCGCCGAGCCCCUUGGCGUCGCCUUUUUCUCCGACGUCCACGAUCUCUGCGAGCAGCACCCUGAUGUCAUUCUCCUAUCCACCUCCAUUAUCUCAACUGAAUCCGUCCUCCGAUCGUUACCCCUUCAACGCCUCCGGCGGAACACCCUCUUCGUCGAUGUCCUGUCGGUAAAGGAAUUCCCCAAGAACAUCUUCCUCCAAGUCCUUCCCGACCAUUUCGACAUUCUCUGCACUCACCCGAUGUUCGGCCCUGAGAGUGGUAAAAACAGCUGGGAGAACUUACCGCUUGUUUUCGAUAAGGUCAGGAUUGGCGAGGAGGAUUCCAGGGUAGACAGGGUUAAGAAUUUCUUGGAUAUUUUCGAGAAGGAAGGCUGUGGAAUGGUAGAGAUGACGUGCGCCGAGCACGACAAGUACGCAGCUGGCUCGCAGUUCAUUACCCACACCAUGGGCAGGAUUCUUGAGAAGUUGCAGCUAGAGACUACUCCCAUCAACACUAAGGGGUAUGAGACUCUGCUGAAAUUGGUGGAGAAUACAGCCAGUGAUAGUUUCGACUUGUAUUACGGGCUUUUUAUGUAUAACAAGAAUGCAAUGGAGCAAUUGGAGAGGCUUGAUUUGGCAUUUGAAUCCUUGAAGAAGGAGUUGUUCGGACACUUGCACGAAGUGUUGAGGAAGCAGCUUUUUGGGAAGUCGGAGGAGGGUGGCCUUCAAAGGCCAAUGCUGGCGAAAUUGCCUAAGAAUGGAACUCCAUUCUUGCCAUCUCAAUCUGAGGGUUUCGGAAGCAGUUAGGAGGAGGAGGAGGAGGAGGAGCUAGCUCUGCUUGUUAGGUUUGUCGGGUUUGGGGCGGGAUAGGUUAUGGGGCCAGGUUGAUGCAGGACGGCGCGGGUCUUGGAUUAUAAUAUUUUCUAGCGGACGGGUCUCAGGCCCUGCAAAACUCGUCUCGAACCCGCCCCAUUGACAUCUCUAUUUUUGACUGUAUCGAAAGAGAGAGCAUACACUAUAGUCUAUGCUUUGUUCUCCAUGAUUUUUUGUUUUAAGGAAAAGGUGUUUUCAUUUCGAAAACGUUUGGGUUUUGUGUGUUUUGGAUGAAACAACAAGAAAACAAAGAGUGAAUAUAUAUAUA